AUGUUCGCCAACACCCUCACUCUUUGCCUUGCACUCACACCCCUGGCUGCGAACCUCGUGGCUGGAGAAGCCGCAUUCUACGGAACAAUCCCAACCAGCGAGCUCCAAAUUCCAUCUUUGACCAAAGGUGCCGCAGCUUCAUGGACCACCUCCUUCAUCGCUCCUCGCUCCACCAGCAAACCCGCGGUUCCUUCCAUCGACAGCUCAGUCUGGUACGCCCAAGAGACCUUUGACGAGGCCCCUCCCCUCGAGAAGAGAAUCAACGUCGCCAUCAACCAGCAGCCGAGAAACUGCAACAAGGAGUCCGACUUCAACCCUCACCCGCCAAUCCACUCCGACAAGCAGCUCAAGGGUGCAGACUACUUUUGCAACAACUACGCCGGCUUCAUGGAAUCCGGCAUGAAGUCUCUUCGCGUCGAGUGGCACGAUGAGUUUCAGGGUCGCCACCAGUACAAGGUCUCCUGGGCUGUAGGCUGUGUCACCGACGGAGACAGGCAGCAUGUUAAAUAUCCUAAUGGCCUUUCCAACACCAACCCGAGCUGCAACGACUUGAUGAGGGAUAACUACCUACAGUGUAACAACGGUGGCGUUGGAGGUAGGGUACAGGUGGGCUGCCUUGUCUACGCUUACAACGGAGGAACCGUCGCGGGGAGGGAUUAUGAGUCGAUUGGGCUGUGGUGA